ACUCCAUCCGGCACAACCUGUCGCUGCACAACCGGUUCAUGCGGGUGCAGAACGAGGGGACGGGCAAGUCCUCGUGGUGGGUACUGAACCCCGACGCCAAGCCCGGCAAGUCGACCAGGCGACGCGCUAACACCAUGGAAGGUGGCCGCUACGAGAAGAAGAGAGGGAGAGUCAAGAAGAAGCUAGAGGCGCUGAGGAACGGACUGGACACGACGCCGUCGCCGUCUUCGUCGCUGAGUGAGAGUCUGGACCUGUACCCGGACUCCCCACACACCCACCCAGUUCACCCGGCCUUCAGCCAGCUCUCGCCCCAGGACUACCGCCCGAGGGCCUCCUCCAACGCCUCCUCCUGCGGCAGACUCUCGCCCAUCCCGGCGAUAGAGUCUGAUAUGCACGACUCGCAG